GGGGAAACGACACUCGGUGAAUUGUUAUCUCUUAUAUUUUGAAAGUUACAACCGGAAAUCGCAUUUUCAGGCUGACUUGACGCUAAUUGUCCAAAGACGGAGGGCGAGGAGUGUUCUGCUUUAGCAGCUUUUCUCUCCUCUGUGGCCACUUUCUUUGUGGUUGUUGUUCAUGCUGUGUUUAGAUAUUAGUAUAAGCGGUACGUUUUUAUACCUCAUAAAGUUUUCUUGCUCAUAAGUUAAGUUUACCAGUCUGUAGGCUGCUUUUUUUGAACAACGGUAGCAUUUUUUUUAACGUUAUUGAGACCUUUCCAGAUUGAACGAUGAGACCGAGCGCAGUCGGAUUUUAUUUGCGGUUUUUAUUUUAUCGCCGGGAAAACGAGGAAAGAACAUGAGUCCUGCUUAUACUUUGGUUGUUUUAUAAAAUGAGACAAGAGGAAAACGAUCCUCUGCCACCACACAACGACAUGAAGACAGAACAGAACCAACAAUAAACUUUGUGGCUCUUUUGAUUUUGAUUACAGUUUAUGGAUAAUUAACAAUAAGUAGAUUCUGUCUGUUGUGGGGAAAUACUUGAUACAUUUACCUAUGGAGGAUUCGCGAUGAGCUGACACAAUAUGCUGGCUCUAAGAGCGGAGCAGGUCAGACGUGGGGUUGGUGAGGUUGUGCUGCAGAAUGAGGCUCCCACAGCCAAGCAAGGACGGCCACCAUUGAGGAUACCUUCUCACAAGCAAGUCAUUAACAUCAAGGAGAAGAUCUCCCAGUGGGAAGGCCGCAGUCAGCAGAGCAGUGGCCAUGAUACUGGAGUGAAAGUACAUCCUCUGACUGUAUCUCGGACUCUGUCUGGAGAUCUCCUAGGCAAUGGUUGUCCAAACGAGAGCUGGAGAGGCGGUCUUCAUGCAAAAGCCAACGUCUCAAAAAGAAAUAACUCGGAAUUUGAUUUUCAGGAAUCCCCAGCACAGGCUGGACACGGUGUGGGUGGCAGGAAGUCAGAACCGGUGCGUAGUGGUUCCAGUGAAUUAUUAGCCACGUCGCCAGGAAAUAAAACAUUUUCAACGCAAAUACUUGCAUCUCCCAAAUUGGAGGCUACAGAUAAACGAAUCAUUACUGCCAACGGUGACCAAAAAAUAGGUCGUAUCUUGGAUGCUGAAGUAGUUUCUAAACCUCUACCUCUGUCAACUGAUGAUCCAGAAGACAACAUGCCUGCUGGUAACUUCUACACUUCCCGGGGUUUCUGGCGGAAGCUUGAGGGAAACAGACUGCUCUGGGAGAAAGGCAGAGGAUCAUCAGGUGAAGCUAAUCCCCCUCCUAAACCUCAGCGGACAUUCCAGUAUCGGGGAACCAAGAACAGUAACAACACAGGGUACAUGGUACAAUGGGACAGAGGGUCCUCUCAUAACAAUCACUCCAACACGAGAACCAGGAGGGUAGCUCAACCACCCAACUUCCCACCUCCUCCGUGUCCAGUUGGAAAGAGUGAAGGACUUUCAAGACAUAAAAAGAACAGGAAGUCCUUUGAGUAUGAGGAUGCAUCACGCCUGACGGCAGAGCAAGGCCCUCGGGCAGAUGAUGCCCUUUACCAUGCCUACUCUGAUGACAAUAUUUACGAGGACAUCGUCUGUGAUGUGACCAGAGAUAACCCCUAUGAGGAUGUCAAGCUAUCUCCAAUGUGUAUCCCUAUUGCAAGGCCUCUCCCAAAGUUGCCUUCUAAACCCCAAACGUUAUACAGGUAUGCUAGUAAAGUGGACAGGAAGGUGUUCCAAGCUGUGUCCAAAUCUUCAACCAUUGCAGACACUCCCAAACCAGCUGCACCACGGCGUGGAAGCACUCAGAAAAUACACAGGAUGCCCCAGUAUGUCAACAAAAUUGAGACGAUCUUUGAUGACAAGCGAGGGAGGAAGAGAGUGAAGAACCAAGGAGUCACCGUGCGAGCAGAGGAGACCAGCGGGACUGAGAGCGACCCUGAGGACGGCACCAAAGGCUCCAGGAGAUCAGUUUACAUCCAGUCUACAUUGAAACGAAGGCCAGGCUACCGCACCCUGGAGAGAGACCUGAUCCAGAUGCAGCAGCAGCAGCUUUUCCAGAUCUUUGUGGUGGUGUCACUAAGAAAAAGCUCCCAAGAAAACACCUACUCUCCUGAAAUUACACAACAGUUCCCCAAAAUGUUUGAGAAGUCGUCCCGGCUUUCCAAAGAAGCUGAGGAUCAGCUGAAGGUGAUCCCAAGGUUCUGCUUCCCUGAUUCUCAGGACUGGAAACCUUCUGCACUGAUGCCUAGCGAGACGUUUUCCUUUGUCCUGACUGGAGAAGAUGGCAGCCGCUGGUUUUGUUACUGCCGUAAGAUCCUGCCCAGUGGAAAGGGGAAGAGACUUCCUGAGGUGCACUGUAUUGUCAGCAAGCUGGGCUGUUUCAAUCUUUUUGCAAAGAUUCUGGAAGAGGUGGAGAGGCGCAGAGAAAUAUCUCCGGCUCUCGUGUACCCUUUUAUGCGUACUGUGAUGGAAGCUCCUUUUCCAGCCCCUGGACGCACAGUUACCGUUAAGAGCUUCGUCCCAGGCGCUGGGAGUGAGGAACUGACUUUAUGCCGACCUGUGGACUCCAGACUGGAGCAUGUGGACUUUGACAGUCUGCUGGAAUGUCUCAGUGUCACAAAACUCCUGCAGGUUUUCGCCUCCCUUCUGCUCGAGAGGAGAGUCAUCUUUGUCGCUGACAAACUCAGUGUGCUGUCACGCUGCAGCCACGCAGCCUUGGCGCUGCUCUACCCGUUUACUUGGCAGCACACCUUCGUGCCGGUGUUACCAGCCAGCAUGCUGGACAUCAGCUGUUCCCCCACCCCAUUCCUCAUUGGGGUGCUGGCACCCUGCCUGCCACAGGUGCUGGAGCUUCCCAUUGAAGAGGUGCUCAUAGUGGAUCUGUGUGCAAACAAGUUUGUCAUUCAGCUGGGCGAUGAGGACUGCAUUCUGCCCAGUAAACUCCAGGCGGCGUUGCAGCAGAUCCUGGAGGAGAGGCAAGAUAUUCUGAGAGAAGAAAAUGGAAACACAUGUGGAGACCAGCAAACUGAUUUGAGCUCCUUGAUGUCGGAGGCGUUUGUGCGAUUGUUCGUGGAGCUAGUGGGACACUAUCCACUCCACAUGGUCGAGUCCCCCAAUGGCAACAAGGAGCUCCAGCGGGACAGUUUCCGCAAAUCUCAUCCCUCUCGGGGAGUCCGGCAGUUCCUGCAGCUCUUCAUGGACACUCAGAUGUUUGCUGGUUUCAUUCAGGACAAGGAGCUGCGCAAGGGAGGAGGAAGAGGUCUCUUUGAAACCAGAGUGGCUGAGUAUCUGGAUUCAUGCCCUGAGCCUGAGCCAAGUGGUGUGAACAAAUUUCUUAAAGGACUGGGAAACAAGAUGAAGCUCCUGCAAAUUAAAUGAAAAAAAGGCCAACAUCUCUGUAAAAGAAGGACUUUGUGAUUAAAAACAGAACUCUUGUUGCUCCUGGUCUGAGAAAUUUCCGUGCCUGUGAAAGAGUCUUCUGAUAGAGGGUGAAAGGGACAAAGAAGACUUGAUGUGGAGGAGCAGACUCAUGUUAUAACCAUGAACUCAAAUUUGAGACCAGUGCAUUUCUUACUGGGAGAAAACUGGAAAAGUGUGUGUGUGGGAUAUGGUUUUGUUUUUUAAAUUUUACAAAUUCUUUUGAGGACCUUAGAAUCAACCGUUGUAUCUUUGAGCGUGUGGUUAUAACCACUAUGUCCAUUUACACAGAAACCUGUUUACUUGGAACUCUACUAACAUUUGAAUCGCAUCAAUCUUACAUUUCAAUCAAGUACUUUACAUUUAAAAUUUGUGUGCAUGGAUCCAGCCUGGUGGGUCUUUUGUGUCUUAUACUUGCGCAUGUAAAUAACAUUCUCAUUGUUGCAUUCCUGUCACUUGGAUGUUGUGUCUGUGUUGUUUCUUCAGUUUGGGCUUAAUAUCUCUACGAGAACGUUUCCGUUUUUCUAGGUUCAAACUCAAUCCGAUCAAUUGGUCAUUAUAUGUUUUUUUUUAAAUUCUGUUUACUGGAAUUGUAAAUAUUUUUUUGACAUUUUGCACAUGUUCAGAACAAGUGUACAGUAUUUGGAAUAUUUUUGUAAUAAAGCAUGACUUAUCAUACUUUUUAAA